AUAGAGGCUGGGUCCUGUCUACGACGCCCCCCUACUUUAAUACCAGACUCUUCUUGUUUCUUUCCAUCUCGAAACUUCACUGUUGCGGCUCUUUAGCAUAGCAAAACCAAUCCUGCCAGCGACCCGCUAUGAAUCCCGAGGCUGUCAAGAACAAGAUCAACCUUGAGAAUGGGAAUCUCGUUAUUGUCGCUAGUCUUACCGUCUUGAUCUGGGACUGGUUGAUCUGUCUGGACCGUGAACGGCGACAUUUCUGGGGAUCGAAGCCGAACGCGGGGACCGUCCUAUACUUUCUUAAUAGAGGGGUUUCCAUGCUGGGCGCCAUCUUACAUCUCCAAACAUCAAUGUACAAUUUUGCUCCUCAUACGCAACUUAAACUAUGUGGACCUCUGUUCCACACCGUUACCUCUCUGGCCGCUCUCAAUAUUGCAAUCGUACAGGUUAUCUUAACGAUGCGUACAUAUGCAUUGUACAGUUGCAACAAGUCAUCAUAAACUCUCAGCCAGCUCCUUAUACUGGGUGUCUCAUUCGCCUGCCCACAUGGUCAUGGGAGCGACUCGUUCCGGUUAUGGUCUUUGAAGCCUUGUCUAUAAUACUGUUCACGAUCAAGUUCUA